UGGCUCAAGUCCUGAUGUGGAUUUGAGCGAUCGGCCGGUGGCGAGUUCAGCAAUGGCAGGUUACAACGACAUGCCUGAUGAGGUAGUGGAUGUGGCCGUGCUGGAGGACCUGCGCACCAUUCGCCUCAGGAAACGGCCGCUGGGCGCUCCCAAGGCAGAUGAGGUGCAGCUGCAGAUGAACUGCGUGGGGAUCUGCGGCUCAGACAUGGCCUACUGGUCCAAGGGCAUGGCCGGGGGCUUUGUGCCACUGGACUUCUCGGAGGAGGGCCUGGGCCAGGGCUACUGCGGGCAGAUGGGCCACGAGUGCUCCGGCACGGUGAGGGCCAAGGGAGCCCAGGUCACCAACCUGGAGGUAGGGGACCGGGUGGCCUUAGAGCCGGGCGUGCCCUGUUCUGACUGCAAGCUUUGCCGCUUGGGGAGAUACAACCUCUGCCCCAAGAUGCGCUUCAUUGGCUCAGCCGUGAAUCGGGUGCCUGGCGCGUUGUGCCGCAAGUUCAACCACAAGGCCUCCUAUUGCUACAAGCUGCCUCCCAACGUAAGCCUUCAAGAGGGGGCAAUGCUGGAGCCGCUAUGCGUCUCACUGCAAGGUGUCACGCGCGCCAAGGUGGGGCCGGGCCACCACGUCUUCGUGAGUGGCGCGGGGCCCAUUGGCCUCAUGACCGCCAUGUGCGCGAAGGCCGCGGGCGCGGCCACGGUGACCGUCACCGACAUGGUCGAUGCAAAACUGGAGAAGGCCAAAGAGAUAGGUGCCGACUUCACACUGAGAGCAGACACGCCGAACUUGGCCCAAGCGCUGGAGCGGCUGAUCGGCGAGCAGUUCGACAUGAGCUUCGAGUGCUGCGGCGUGCCUGCGGCCCUGAACAGCUGCAUCCAGGUGACCAUCCCAGGGGGCGUGGUGUGCGUGGUGGCCAACCUGCCGCAGAGCAUCCCGCUGGACCUGCAGACGGCGGUGAGGCACGAAGUGGACAUCAUCGGGGUCUACAGAUAUUGCAACCUCUACCCCAGAGCCCUGGCCCUGGUGGCGAGCGGCAAGAUCAAUUUGCAGCCGCUGAUCUCCAAGAGCUUCCCUUUGGAGGAGGCCCAGAAGGCCUUCGAGCACUUUGCAAGCGGCGAGCCCAUCAAGGUCCUGAUCCAGGCGAACGCCCCGGAGGAUUGUGCAGUGUAGGGCUGCAAUGUCAGCAGUCAGAGAUGUGGCGGCUCAGGAGCCCGGAGCCGCUACUCAAAACGGCCGUAACAGUUGCCGUAACGGCCCACUUUGCCGGAUGGGCGCGCAG